GUUGGAAGAAAAAAUUGUUUGUGAUUGUUUCGGGAUAAUCUUUGUAAUUUUACUAAGAAUAGACGAAGGAAAUUCCAUAUUCAAAACAUAAAUAACAGCAUUAUCUGCUGAACCGUGCAAACACAUAAGAGGCAUGAGCGAUUGGUCAAAAUCACAAAAAAACGCUAAUAACGCUAGAGUCGAGAAAAUGACGGAAGACGCAUCAAAGUUUCUGGGUGGUGUCCUCGGUGAUAUAAGCUCACGAUCAGCGUACACUCAAAUAGCUAUCGGUGCCACUUCAGGAUGGUUUACUGGUUUUGCAACAAUGAAAAUUGGCAAAUUUGCAGCUUUCGCCAUCGGAGGUGGUAUUAUUUUAAUGGAAAUUGCCCAUCAAGAAGGUUUUAUUGAAAUCGACUGGUCGAAAAUCACAGGAAAACUUGAUAAAGUCACUGACAAAGUUGAAACAGCCGUAACUGGCCAAGAAAAAAAUUGGAUUGAGAAGACUGAACGUUUUGUUGAUCGCAAACUUGAUCGUGCAGAGAACAUAUUAAAGUCAAAAACAAAGAAAGCCAAAAAAUGGUACAGCAAACUUAUUGGCGACGAAAAUGGACCCAAAGUAAACGAUCUUCACAUUUUCUUAACGGCCUUCGUAGGCGGAAUUGCAUUAGGUGUAGCUUCGGCUUAAUAAUUGUAAAUCUCAACCUUAUUCUGCGAUGUUAUUCUUACCUAUACCGAGCAUCUCAUUCAUAACACACAUACUAUUAACUUCAUAUAAUUUUACUAAGUUUGAUUUAUAAAGCGAAUAUGAUGUAAUUGAUAUCAUAACAGUGCUUGAAUAAAAGGCGUUGAAUAUUCAAUCAAUAAAAAAUUA